AUGGAAUCCAAUCUCAAACUCGCUAUUGAUGAUUCAGAACAAUAUGAAGAUCCAUCAUCUUAUAGAAAACUGGUUGGCAAAUUGUUAUACUUAACAAUUACCAGACCAGAUAUUGCAUAUUCUGUUCAAGUGUUGAGCCAAUUUCUAGCUAAACCGACAGUCAAUCAUCACAAAGCAGCAAUAAGGGUACUUAGAUACUUAAAUGCCACACCUGGACAGGGUUUACUCUUCUCUUCAUCUUCAGAACUUCAGUUGAAAGCCUUCUCAGACAAUGACUGGGCAGGCUGCAUUGAUACUAGGAAAAGCAUAAUAGGUUUUGUAGUGUUCUUGGGAAACUCUUUGAUCUCAUGGAAGUCUAAGAAGCAAGCCACUAUUAGUCGAUCCUCUGCUGAAGCUGAGUACAGGGCUCUUGCAACUACAACUUGUGAAAUACAGUGGUUACUCCAUGCACUACAAGACUUACAGAUUGACCACUCUCAACCAACCCUCUUAUAUACAGACAGCAAAUCUGCUAUGUCCAUUGCCACAAACCCAGUCGAACAUGAAAGAACCAAACACAUACAAAUUGAUUGCCAUUUAGUUUGA